AAGUUUCCCCCACACAUGGUAAUGCUUCUCCCUUUACAGACCACUCCAACAGCCAAUGACUCUGAGUAUGCAAAGGUCCAUAUUCCUCUGGCUCUCAUGAGGUACAGGGACUUCCUCGAAGCACAGCAGGUGUUUGGUGAUGGGAUGCAGGCGCAGCUUUAUGCUCCUCCAAACUCAAAGAUCGAUGCAAGCAUUGCGGUCAUGCUAAUCAUUGCCAUCGUCACCAUCGCCUUGGGUGGAUACUGGAGCGGGACAUGUGAGAGAGACCGGCUGAACGGUGUGUCAGGAGGAGGGGGAGAGAGCAAGGCAGACAGCGGAGAGCUUUUCCUCUACUCUCCUCUCAAAGUGGUCUUCUUUGUCGCCUUGAUGUGUGGGAUGCUGGUGCUCAUGUACUUCUUCUACAGCGUGCUUGUUUACGUCAUCAUCGUCAUUUUCUGCCUGGCGUCUGCCUCUGCCCUCUUCAGCUGUUUCGAUGCAGUGUUGGAUUUAGUUGGUUGUGGCACUGGGAGGUAUGAUCAUCACUCUUUCCAUUAAAAAAAAAAAAAAAAA